UAUAUUUCCACUGAGGUAGAGGCGGCACAUGACGACCAAUGAGAUAGCAGCAAAAAAGUUCUCUCCCAUUUGGUAUGUGGUGGUUCAAGUCAAUAAUCUUAAGAUGCUGUCUACAUGGUCUGAUGUUCACUUGGUCAAACGAGAGGAGAAAAUGUGGAUCGUGCUUCAUCUGCUGCUCCUGCUCCAAAGUGGAGCAUGUACAGGUGCUUACACCUUUUCCACUCAGACUGUUGGACCUGGACAAAAUGUCUCUCUGAAAUGUCCCAGCGAGACAACUCAGAUCAUUCAACGAUUAUUUUGGGUCCGACUUCUUUCUGGAACCUCUCCUGAAAUUGUAGCUAAAACGGCAUCUUACGAUUCAGGCUCUGUUGAACGUGGAACAUCAAAAUCUGGACAUCGCAUCACAGUUAAAAAAGAACAAGGAACAUUUGUUCUGCAAAUUAGUCAAGUAGAGAAAAGUGAUACGGCGAUCUACUACUGUUUGAAAGUGGAAUUAGGUCAACUCUCAUUUUUGAAAGGAACAUUCCUUCAGGUCACAGAACCAGAACCCUCCGUGUCUGUUGUCUCUGAAGUCCAACCAGGACCGCCUGUGAAGUUGCAGUGCUCAGUCCUCUCCCACUCUGGGAAUGACAUCUGUCAGGAUGGACACAAAGUGUCCUGGUUCGGAACUGGACCAGAAAGUGUCCAUCCCAGCUUUGUUUAUGGCGAAUGCCAGAUCAAAGAUAAGUCCGCACAGAAAUGUGUCCACACUUUCUCAAAGAACGUCAACUCCUCUGAUGCUGGAACUUACUUUUGUGCCGUGGUCACAUGUGGGAGGAUUUUCAUGGGAAAUCCAAUACAAGUCAACAUUAAAGAUGUUGGGAGCUCUGAUUUAAACAAGUAUGUUAUAAUCGUCUUGAGUGCUGCUUUGGCCUUAAGUUUCAUCAUGUCAGCCUUCCUCGUCAACAAGAUCAAGACAAAAAACAGUAUUUCCUGCAAAGCUGGUUCACAAACACUCGAUGAAACAUUCAGUCGUGCCCAGCAGAGGGACGAGGACCCUUUGGUUUAUUCCAUGCCGACCAAUGUUACCAAGAAAACUGGAAGAGCGAGGCAGACAAAUACGAGGGCAGCAGAGGGGUUCAGCACGUACGCUGACGUGCGUCUUCAAAACUAAAUCCUCCUUUUCCGAUUUACCAAAGUAUUCUCUUAAAAGAGUUGUAUUGACUUUCUGUAAGACUUAGCGCAGUGUGCUGAAUGAUGCAAGACUUGUUGAUGAAGAUAAUCCAAAAUGUUCUAUAUGUUCAGGUUAUAGGCUGCUAUUUUGUUUUCACGACUUGAACCCUGCUCUUUAUACAAGGCUGCGGCUACUAAUAGAUAUUCAAGGGUUCAUAAACUAAAUUUGCUCUUUAGUGCCGCACUUGUGGCUCCCUUUAGCUUUUUCAAAAAUGUAUGAAAAUGGAAAAGAUGGUGGAAAAAAAUUUAAUUUUAGUUUUAAUGUUGUUUUUGUAAGAGAGCAAACAUGACACACACCUUGCUAAUUGUCAUAAAUCCCACUGUUUAUAUUAAACAUGCUUCACAGAUGAGAGGA